UGAAAGAACAGACCAGCACGGCAAAGUGCCACACAAACCAAGCCGCCCAGCAUAGCGGGGUGCCACACGAGCGGAAAGGUUCAGAUGAUGUCAUCUAGAACCAGAGCUCAAGCUAGAACAAGGCUACGUACUAGGACGAGGCUACGUGCUAGGUCGAGGCUACGUGCUAGGUCGAGGCUGCGCGCCAGGUCGAGGCUGCGCGCCAGGUCAAGGCUACGCACUAGAACGAGGCUACGCACUAGAACGAGGCUAACUGCGAGACAGAGAACGAGAGCGAGAUCUAGAACGAGAACGAGGCAGAAGGCGGCUGAGGGAGGGUGAGGGCAGCUGAGGCGCGCGCUCUCUCAGCUUCUCUGGGCUCCCUGGCUAUCCCGGGGGCCUCAGAAUCCACACCUACCCAGAGUUCUGGGGCCGGAGCUCCCUCGCCUCAGAGAUCUGGCUGGCCUGAGGACACCGACAGCCACGGGCUACUGAGGGCGGCCAUCUAGACCUCGGCCUACCGGUGAGAACAAGCCUGCACUAGAGAGGGAGGAGAGGGGAGGGGCCCCGCUAACAGCCACGAGAUCUCGCGAGAGGCUGCGAGAUCAAGGCCAAGCGUCAGGUGCAGGACCAUGGCGGAGUUUGAGGACAUUUCCGAUGACAGCUACAGUGACAGUGAUGUCCUGCCAGCUACGCCACCCCCCAGAAUUUACCCAGCAGCUUUUCCCCCUUGGGCCUCGGCCUCAGGGGAAGCAGCGGUCGCUGCCGCCGCCGCCGCCGCCGCCGCCGCUCAGGUAAUCCAAGACCCGGCAGUAGGCAGCAGCGAUUUCAGUCAAGAUGAUUUCCGCCCAACCCAGCCAAGUAGCCCUCCUCUAGAGAUCCCUGGUGAUCUUGGUGAAAUUCAGUGGUUGCAGAGCCCAGAAAGAAAGGUUAAGGUGGAAGAAGAAAUGGAAGGGGAAAGCCCACCCUCAAAGAAGCUCGUUUUUGGUUCUUCUCCUUCCACCUCUCUUUCCAUGACUGAACAGCAAACAGAGGAGAGGUUAGACUCUCCGCUUCUUUUUCCAUCAGAAAAUGAGGCAGAGUUGUAUGAGUUUUCUUCUCCAGGACAGUCUUCUCCCAGAUCUCUUGAUUUGCCAUUUGACCCAUCAGCCUGGGGGCCUUCUCUUCCCCCGUCCCAAGAGUCAUUCGUCCCUGAAUCUCCUUAUGGGUUGGAAAGCCAGGAUGAUUCUCAGCCAUGCGAGCCAGAUUCUCAGUCAUCUCCUACCAUGAGAAUACCACAACUAAAGACCACAACUCUAGAGCCAUUGGAUGAAGACGAAGAACCCUGCACAUCUACUUUCCAGGUCCAGAGAAUCCCAUACCGUGAGGUUUUUCCACUGGAAGAGGAAUCGCUGGAAGAGGAAUCGGACUGCAGGGUUUCUUCCACCGCACACCUAGAACAAUCCCCGUUUUCUGCGUGCCUGUUUGAUGACGACUCAGACAGUGAGUUUUUUUUUAGCCUGGUGCAUGGGAAAGUGCUCCCUGCUUCUCCCACAACGGACCAAAAACUAGGCUUUCAGUUCUCUCUUUCAGGACAGGAAUCACCACGCCAUUCUUUCGAUUUCCUAUUUGAGGAAGACUCCACUAGUGCAUUUUCUUCUGAUGUAGCCCAAGGGAUACCCCUCCCUGACCUUCUUCUCUUGGAAACAGAGCCAGACCGUGAGUGUUCAUAUUCUCAGUUUUCUCCACCAAAAGCAGCACAGGUCAAGCCUCUGGGAAACAUGUUCCCCGAAGCAUCAUCCUUUGCAACUUCUAGCCAGGCAGAAGGGCCGCCAUCCGAAGCCCUUGCCAUAUUGAAAAUUCAACAAACGGCUGCAUUUUCUCCUAGCACAGAGAGAGCAUACCGCCAUGCUCUCGAAUGCCUCUUUGAGAACAAGCCAAUCUGGGAGGAGCCUCCUUCACCAGACGACAAAAUACUUAUACCUAACACUCCUUCUCCACAGAGAAAGAAGGCAGUCUCAGGGUUGCUCCUCUCUGAAAGACUUGAGACAUCAUGUACCUGGUCUUUAGAUGACCCAUUUGAGGACAUUUCAUCCCGUGAGCCUUCCCCUUCAGGGGCCCAUGAAGCACUAGCCCCUGAAGCUUUUCUAGCGACAACGAUGACUGUUUAUGAAUUUCCUCCCACAGAGCCAGUGUCACCACCUUGCACAUCUCUCGAUGCCCUGUUCGAAGACACGUCAAUCCCUGAGUUUUCUUCCCAGAUCCACGAGGUAGCCCCUGAAUUUCCUGCUGCAGUACGAAAGAAGACAGUAUAUGAAUUUUCUCCUUCAAAGGUACGACCACUGCCACCCCAAAGAUCUCUUGAUUUCCUUCUCGAGGACCAGGCAGCCUUUGAACUUUCUUCCCAGGCCCAUGACAGUGAUUUCUCUGAAUCUCCUCCUUUAGUGGCAAAGAAGCUAGUUUUUGAGGUCUCUCCUCAGGCAUCACCAGGAGCUUCAUCUCCCGAUUUUCUAUUUGAGGAUGACAUACCAGGAUCCUCGUAUCCCAGUUUCCUCCUAGACGAUGACAUUCUGAGACCCUCAUCUCAUGAUUUCCUAAUAGACGAUGAGUUGCCAGGACCCUCCUAUCGCAGUUACCUACUAGACGAUGAGUUGCCAGGACCCUCCUAUCGCAGUUACCUGAUAGACGAUGAGUUGCCAGGACCCUCCUAUCGCAGUUAUCUGACAGACGAUGAGUUGCCAGGACCCUCGUAUCGCACUUACCUGAUAGACGAUGAAUUGCCAGGACCCUCGUAUGGCACUUACUUGAUACACGAUGAGUUGCCAGGACCCUCAUAUCGCAGUUACCUGAUAGACGAUGAGGUGCCAGGACCCUCAUCUUCUAGUUUCCUAGUAGAAGAUGAAAAGGCAAGAUUCUCAUCUCCUGAUUUCCCAAUAGAGGAAGAGGAAACCCUUGAUUAUACUGCAUUAUUAUAUAACAUAUCAGUAUCUCCUCCCCCACUGAGAAAAAAAACAGUAUUUGCUCCUUCUCCCAAUGCUUCCAGCGCACAGACAAUACCAUACAUCGAUUCUCUCAGUUUCCCGAUUGAUGACAAGUCAGCUGGUGAGCCUUUGAGCCAAGCCCAAGAGAUGCUAUCUUCUGAGUCUCCUAUGUUGGGAAGGAAGUUAAACUAUGAAUUUAAGCCCCUAGAUUUACUCCUUGAGGAAGACUCAAGCCCAGAGGCAGCUUCUCUACCGAUCCACAGCUUAGUAAUCCCUGCCACAUCUCCAGGAGAAAAGUACCUGCCACAGUACAACUCUCCUGAUUUCAUGUAUGAGGACCAUUCUGCCUUCCAGUAUUUUCCUUCAGGGGUCCACGAUCUGGUAUUCCCUGACAUGACUUCUGGAACAGACAAUUACGGCUCUCAGUUUGCUUCUUCUCGGGCACAGAUAGUGACAUCUCCCAGCUCUCUUGAUUUUCUGUUAACAGGUGACCUUUUGUCACCAGACCCUGUCAUACUACUCCCUGGAUCACCCAACUCAGUGGGGGAACAGCAAAUCUUUGAGUUUUUUUCUUCCCAGGAGGAGAAGACAUUCUGUGACUCUACUUCAGACCAAGGGAGGCUCUUUUAUGAUGUUCCUCUGUCCCAGAACCAGGAGUUAGAACCUGAAUUUUCUUUCCGAGCAGAACAGCGAGUGGCUGAGGCUUUUAGUUCCCAUGUCUUUUUUCCUUUUGAGGAAGAGAUGAUGCCACUGGGGUGGGAUCUUACUUCCCAGGUCUCAGCGGAACAAGUAUAUGAGUGUUCUUCGACCUGUAUGCCUGAGAGUACCGAAACCAAAGCUACUCCUCCCCAGGAAUCAGAUGACGAUGAAGAUGACAAGAAUGAAGAUGGUGACGAUGACCACAACAAAGGCAGUGGCAAAGAUGGAGAUGACGGUGACGACAGAGGCGGUGACAACGGCAGCGAAAGAGGCAGCGGAGGCAGUGGCGACGGAGACAACGAAGACGGCGGCGAAGGAGGCAAGGAAGACGGCGGAGAAGGAGGCAAGGAAGACGGCGGCGAAGGAGGCAAGGAAGGUGGUGGCGAGGAAGGCAGCGACAGAGGCAAGGAAGGCAGUGACAGAGGAGAUGAAGAUGGUGGCGAUGAAGAUGGCGGUGAUGUCGACAAAGACAGUGGCAACGUUGACAAAGAUGGCAGCAAUGUUGGUGACAAAGACAGCAGCAACAUCAACAAAGACAGCAGUGACAUUGACAAAGACAGUGGCAAUGGUGAUGAUGCUGACAAAGACAGCAGCGAUGGCAGUGGCAUCAACAAAGACGGCGGCGACAACAAAGACAGCGGCGACAAUACAGAUAACAAUGACAAAGAUGAUAACAACAAAGAUGAUGGCGACAACAAAGACGACAGCAGCAACAAAGACAGCAGCGACAACACAGAUGACAAUGACAAACACGACAACAAAGAUGACAACAACAACAAAGAUGGCGGCAACAAAGACAGUGGUGACAACACAGAUAACAGCGACAGCAAAGAUGACCACAACAGCAAAGAUGACCGCAACACCAAAGAUGACCGCAACACCAAAGAUGACCGCGACAGCAAAGAUGACCACAACAACAAAGAUGAAAAAGAUGAUGAAGAAAACAAAGAUGAAAAAGAUGAGGAAGAUAACAAAGCACUUCCUAUGUGGAAAGAAACCAUCUGAAUUGUCUCCUCCCCAAUUCAUGAAGUGAUCUCCCCAACAAAAAGCAAGUCUAAGAAUCAAACUUCCCUCCUAAGCAACUUACUUUACAUAAAUUAGUUUCAAUACAAAAAAUAUAACUUUUCAAUUAGUUCAUAUUUCUGUGAAGAUUCUUAGUCUAGUCCUCACAUAUUGAUGCAUUUUCCUCCUUUUAGAAAUUAUAGAUAAUCUAGACAUUGGUCUAGCCAUUCUGUUUUGUUUACCCUAUUUCAGGUUUUCAGAAUUCUUUAUAGUUUUUUUUUUUUUACUUGUUUUUAAUUGCUUAACAGUAUCAAAUGAAAACACCACAAUUUUUUUAUCCAUCCCCUCUUCCACUGGAAAUUUCAGUUCCUUCCAUUUUGUUUUUGUGGGGGAGGGUGUUUUUUGUUUAGUAUUUGGGGGCAAUCUAGUAAUACAUCUCUGAAAAUCUUUCAACACGUGCCUCUUUUU